GGAGGAGUAGACUCUCCUCUGGGAAAGCUAGUGGUAUCUGCCAUUUAUGAUGGAGGCUCAGCAGACAAACAUGGUGAGUUCAUAUGUGUCAACACUUGGAUUUAUUUAAUUUAAAGAUUAUAAACAUCAAUCUCUUCUCUCACCCUCUGUUGUCACCAAUAAAAAUGGAAUGGCAUGUUUUUGUUUCUGACAUACAAACAGUAUUCAAUUGCUCAGACUGAUAUUCAAUGGUCUGAUUCCGUUCUUAUUAGUCUAUGGCUGCGUUUACACAAGCAGCCAAAUUCUGUUCUUUUGCCCAAUUAUGGGCAAAAUAGUUGAUUUGAUUGGUCAAAAGACCAAUUAGUGGAAAAAUAAUCAGAAUUGGGUGGCCUGUGUAAACACAGCCUUUAUGUCCCUGUGGAGCAAUGAUAGUAGAAACUAAUCCCAGGCUAUUGAGUGAGAUAUGUUUACUAUUCACCCUGAGGUUGUGGUAUGUAAAAACAAAUGUUAUUUUUGUGAUUGUGUUUGUGACUGUGCAUGUAUGUAUGUGUGUGUGUGCUUCCCCAGGUGGGAUAGUGCCAGGAGAUGAGGUGAUAGCUGUGAAUGGGAAGAUCCUGACUGACUCCUCACUGACAGAAGGACAAAACUCUCUGACCAGGGCCUGGAACAGUGGAGGG